AUGGAACGCAUUGUGUAUUCUCACGCUCAACAAGCCCCGGACGUUACCGCUGUCGUGGCAGACAAUACCACGCUCACAUAUCGUGAGCUGGUGUCUGAGGCCAUCCAUCUUGCGGACUUGCUCGACGCGGAGGGCAUCAAAGCCCCGGAAGAACCCAUUGUCGCGCAACUUGCAGUCCGUCUGGUUGGGGCCACUUGUGUGCCCAUUGAGCCUACUCUUCCGGAGCUUCGCAUCGCGGACAUGUUCAAUCAAGUCCAUGUGCGCUACAUAAUCAUGGAAAAGGACGGGCCUAUCAGUCUCUCCGGCUUUCGCACCGUGCACAUGCCCCCCGUGGGACAGAAGGCGCACGCGGCACUAUCAAACUGGGAGUUUCGCCCGGAGACAGAUCGCAGCCAUGUCCUCUUCACGUCUGGGUCAACCGGCAGGCCCAAGCCGGUGCAGAUUCGCCCUGCGAAUAUCCUCCACCUGGCCACGAACACGCCAGUCACUCCUCUACUCACUAGUGAUCGCGUGGCCGAGUUCAACAAUCCCGGCUUCGAUCUGAGUCUGUUUGAGAUAUGGGCUACUCUUCUCUCUGGGGCUACGAUUGUUGUCGUCCCACGACACAUUGCAACCGACCCAGGAGCCAUCGCCUCGUACUUGCAGGAACAUCAAGUGUCUGUGAUCUUCAUCACGGCGGCGCUCUUCCGCAUCAUCGUCUCGGCCUGCCCCUCGGCGUUUAGCACCCUGCGUCAUGUCCUCAUGGGUGGCGACGUCGCCAACGUGCAAGCGAUCCGCAGCGUGUUCGAACACGGUCCUCCCCAGCAUUUAUGGAACACAUACGGUCCGACAGAGUGUACCACUCUCACGACGAUGCAUGAGGUCACUCCUGCAGACACAGACACGGAUUUGAUCCCCAUUGGCCGCCCUGUCGGAGACAUGGAGAUUAUCCUGCUUGCUGAUGAGCAACAGCCCAUCAGAGAGCCGGGCCAGCCCGGCGAGGUCUACAUCGCUGGGCCCCAGCAGGCCGCCGGCUACUUCGCCCGGCCUGCCGAGACCGCGGAGCAGUUUGUAGAGAUUACUCGGCUGGGUCGUCACGGCGAGGACCACGACGUCGUGCGAGUCUAUCGCACGGGAGAUAGGGCCGAGUGGAGAGUCGACUCCAAUGUCUUGGAUUUUCUCGGACGCACUGACUCCCAGGUCAAACAGGGAGGCUUCCGGGUAGAACUGGGCGAGGUUGAGCGUGCCCUAGAGAGACACCCAAGAGUGCACACAGCGGUGGUCGCUCGACAGCCGCCGUUGACGACCGACGGUACGCAUACACUAGUUGCCUUUGUUGUGAGUGACGAUGCAAGCGUGGAUCCGCAUGCUGUGACCCAGUUCGCGCGAGAGCGUCUCCCGUCGUACAUGAUCCCCGACGCCAUCGAGGUCAUGGGGGAGUUUCCUCUCACCUCAAACGGCAAAGUUGAUCGUGCCACACUUGUACAGCGCCGGAUGGACGCUCUACAGAAACAGAAACCCAGCGAAGACGCUCCCCCGGCCCAGUCCAACGGCAACGCACAGGAUAAGCAUACUCUUCUCCGCGAUAUCUGGAUGGACAUCCUCCAUCUACCCCAUAUCCAUGAUGGCGAUGACUUCUUUGCCCUAGGCGGCACAUCCAUGCAGGCGGCCGAGCUCAUCGCCCGCGUCCAGAUCCACCUGAAAGUCCUCAUCUCCAUGGAGGAACUAUACCGGCACUCGCGAUUCGACGACCUUGUUUGCCAGGUCCAACCGGCCGAACCUCUCACCCACGGGAACGCCCCGGACGACACCCAUGUCUGGAUGCAAGACGUCGACCUCGUCAACGAUAUCGCCUGGAUCCCCGACUGGCAAAGCCCCGAUGAGGGCCGCGUCUUCCUCACUGGCGCCACUGGCUUCGUCGGCGCGCAUCUCCUCCACCGGCUCUUGCACAAACCCACCGUCCAGCAGGUCGCCUGUCUUGCCCGACCUCAAGGCUCCCUCUCCGCCGCCGCGCGCGUGCGCCAAACCCUCGAGACCUACGACCUCUGGCCAGCCUCAGACCACCUCGCCCAGAAGCUCCUCGUCCUCCCGGGCGACCUGGCCGACCCCCACCUCGGCCUUGGCCGCAAGCAGUUCACCUGGCUCGCCGACUGGGCGUCCGUGAUCUUCCACCUCGGCGCGAAGGUCAACUUCUGCGAGUCGUACCGCGAGCACCGCGCCGCCAAUGUCGUCGGCACGCGCAACAUUCUCAGCCUCGCCGUCACCGGCCGCCGCAAGCCGCUCCACUACGUCUCCAGCGUCGACGCCUGGGGGCCCACCGGCGCCAUCCUGGGCACGCGCGAGCUCCCCGAAGACGCACCCCUCCAGCCGCACAUCCAGGGCCUCCGCUAUGAUCUUGGCUACGCGCAGUCGCAGUGGACCGCUGAGGCGAUGGUGCGCCGGCUCCGCGACGAACCCCCGCACCACCUCCCCGUCGCCAUCUAUCGCCCGGGCUUCAUCAUCGGCGACGCCGUCACCGGCGCCAGCAACCCGAACGACUUCUUCACCCGCCUCAUCGUCGGCUGCAUCCAGAUGGGGACCUUCCCACGCCUCACUCAGUGCCUCGAAUACGUCACUGUCGACUACGUCGUCGACGCCAUGCUGCAUAUCGCCAGGGACAAUGCCCUCCUCGGCCGCUCGUAUCAUCUUGUCCCGCCGGACCCGAAGGCGUCCGUGACGGUCGAGGGGACUUGUCGCGUGCUCAAUGAGGCUGGGCAUAAGGUGCAUAUGGUCGAUUAUGAGGACUGGGCGGCGCAGGCAGUGCGCGAGCAGCGCGGCCCAAAUGCCGCCCUCGCCCCGCUGAUGCCCAUGGUGCAGGAACGCGUGCUCGGCCGCCUCACCCGCUGGGAGGCCAGUCAGUACACGCCGUGGUACCGCGCGGACAAUACCAUCGCGGCGCUGAAGGAGCGGCCGGACCUGGUGUGUCGCCCGCUGGACGCGGGCAUGCUACGGCGGUUUAUUGGGUUCUGGAAUCGGAAGGGGUUCUACAGUGUGCCGGAGUAG